AUGGUGGAUGGAUCUCUUCUUUGUGUGGUAACUAAGGCAAAAAGCAACAAAGGGAGCGAUGACGUAUUCGUCGUCAUCAAAGAGAAUACAGAAAUAACCAGCUUGAAAUAUCAAGUGUCACAAAGGCUUAAAAUACCAACACAAUCUCUAUCACUGAAGUUCAUAUGCGAAAGGGAAAAGAAAUUCAGUAUUUCAAUUGACAAUGACGAGGACUUGUGUUUUAUGUUUGAGUAUUGUCGUCGUAAUGGAUUUACAGACGCGAAUUUUACUAUCCCGACAGAAAAUUCGCGAUGCGCAGCUAACACGCCCACCCAAACAUGUAAUGAUGAGCGCAUUCCUAAUGACAAUUCCACCGGCGACUCGAUCAUGCUGCUGGAGGACAUGAUUAACAACCAAACAAAGAUCCCAGCUGAGUGGCACACAGCCAUACGUGAAAUUGAACAGAAAUUUGAUAGUGCUGCUGAAGUUAGAUUAGCACUUCAAUACUAUUCAAUUGCUAAAAGGUUCGAUUAUAAUUUUUACCACAAUGAACAAAGGCGCAUUAGAGUCUAUUGCCGAUUCAAGCACACAUAUGGUUGCCCCUGGAUGUUGUUUGCUUCCCCACUUAGAAAUUCGUCGAUCAUGUCCAUAAAGAAUUUCUAUCCUACCCACACAUAUGGUCAACAUGGAGCUAAUGCUGGUAACUCUAGGGCAUCAAGGAAAUUCAUUACAGGCCAAAUACAAGCCGUUUUGAAUGUUAGGCCAGAUCUUCGUGCAGUUGAUAUCAAGAACGACAUGCUCUCAAACUAUGGCAUCAAGAUUAACUAUUCUAAAGCGUGGUAUGAAGACAUGGUUCAUGCAACUAAUCCAGGAAGUCGUGUUGUUAUUGAUGAUGAUGAAGGAAGGUUCAGGUGUUUGUUCAUAUGUUAUAAUGAGAAUGAGGCUAAUUGGAAAUGUUUUUUACAAGGAUUGUGGACAUUACCAUAUGAUAGGGAAAAGCCUUACAAUCCUCCACAUCAACUGGUAAUGAUUUCCGAUGCUGACAAGGGUAUUAAGGUAGCAGUCGAGGAAUUCUUUUCUGAUGCUCUCCAUUCAAGGUGUGAUAUGCACCUAGUCGAGAAUUUUAAAAAGAAGAUGAAGGAUUUUGGGCACAAGGAAGAUGCCAUGAAAGAUUUAGCAUCGAUCGAUCAUAGGGCUUACGUCACUGCAAUGGAAUACUCCUCGGAGAGAUGGGAAAACACGCAUUUUUCUAGCAUAAGGUAUGACCAUGUAACUUCAAACGUUGAUAAGUCCUUCAACAACUGGAUAAGAAAUGCAAGAUUGUUGCGUAUCUUACCUUUGGUUGAGAUGAUACGGAAGCAAAUUAUGGAGUGCAUGUAUGAAAGGAGGGUAAAGGGUCAUAAUUGGUCUGGAAAUUUGUGCCCAGAAGCGGAGUUAGUGUUGAAAACAAAUAUUGAGCAUGGUAGCUGCUUGGCCAUUAAACAAUUGACGGAAGACGUUGUGGAGGUCGAGUCUAAUAAAACCUGCCGUGUAGAUUUGAAGAAGUCGGUGGUAGCCCGCAAGCUGAAGAAGUCGUUAUUGGACAAGCUCAUUGGAGGGAGCCAUUUAUACACACCCACAACUGAUGGAACUUAG